UAUUAGUAGAGGCUUGUUGCUUGGUUACCGUACACGAAUUCCUUUGAGAGAGGUCUAGACGAGAUCGACCAGUUUGAUAAUUAAAGUUUUAUAUAAUUGUUUAUCUCGCAUAUGUGUUUGGUUUAAGGUAAGUUGGUCACAGUAUGCCUUACUUGAAAAGACCUCAGACUACAGAACCACUUGUAAAACUUUGGGACCGAAAGGCGCAAAAAUGCGGACCGCAUCAUACUGUGUAUUCUGUCAAUGGAGAUCAGUACACGGGCGACUGGAUGGAUAACAAGAAACAUGGAAAAGGAACACAAGUUUGGAAGAAAACAGGAAUGAUCUAUGAUGGGGAGUGGAGGUGUGGAAAGCGAGAAGGGUUUGGAACCCUGAGCAAGACUGACCCUGAAACGAAAGAGUAUGUGAGGGUGUUUGUCGGUUCUUGGCGAAAUGACAAGAAGGAAGGCGCUGGAACAUAUUUCUACAGUCCGUCUGCUUUCUAUGAGGGGCAGUGGAGUGAAGAUCAGAGAAGCGGAUGGGGACGGAUGCAGUAUGAGAACGGGGAGCUGUAUGAGGGAGAGUGGCUGAAGGACAAACGUCAUGGACAGGGUUUGCUUCUGCUAGCUAAUGGAAACCGCUUUGUGGGCACCUGGAGCGAUGGACAGAAAAACGGACACGGCAAGUUCCUCUACCUGGACAGAGGUCAGCUGUACGAAGGCUUUUGGGUUGACGGUGUUGCUAAGUGUGGAACCUUGUCUGAUUUUGGGAGAGAGGCAGCAGAUAGGCCACCAGUGUAUCCAAUUCCCAAGGUUUACCUACAGGAUUCACAGGCUGUACUGAUGGAGGCACAAGCAUAUUUCACUGAGGAAAAGGAGAAAUCAACAGAUCCCAAGUCAUAUGGUUGCUAGGCAAUAUGUACCUUGACAAUAAUAUCUUGAACUCAAGAAAGGCAGACGUGUGUAAGGAAAGCGGUGAAAUAUUUUUUAUCAACCCCUCAGUCAACUCAAUCAUAAUAAAAACCCAGUA